UCUCUCCUCUCUCUUUCUUUCUGACUGCAUGUCUAUGCACUGCAGCCUUUCUUCCUUGGUUAUCAACUUUUACCGCCUGAGCUGAGCUCUCUCUUGUAUCAAGAACAAUUGUCCCAUGUAUCUAUAAAUGCCACUCAAUGCCCUCAAGCUAAGGCCUUUUCUCUUCACUUUUUAUGUGGGAUUGUGGGGAGACUUCUGAAUCUUUGUCUGCUCUUUCUACUUUUUUUUUUUUUUUAUUUCUUUAGGUGCAUAAAAGCAGUAAAAGGUGUCAAAAUUUUGAUGAACAUUCUUGCCUUUAUCACUUCCUUCAUCCACAACUAGAAGAGCAACAUAUUCACGGUUAGAACGUUGUAGAGGUUAGCUACUUUCAUCAGUUCUCCAGGAAGACGCGUCACAAGAUCGGUGAAAUGCCACGAUCAAGCGGACCAGAAAUGCCUCAAAGGCGAUCUCCUCGUCCAUCUCAGCUGAGGACCUCUAGCUCUGAUUCUGAGCCCUUGCAUCAUCGAGCAACAACUGACCGGAGUCCUAAGCUUGGAGGCGAUCGGCGAUCUCCAAGAGGUACUCAGCCUGAUCCACUGAAUCAAAAGAAACUCGGAACAAGAAUUGCAGACUUGGAAUCUCAGCUUGGACAAGCACAGGAAGAGCUAAGGAACCUCAAGGAGCAGUUGGUCUCAGCUGAGGCUGCAAAGAAAGCAGCUCAAGAACAACUUGAGAAAAAAACUAGGAAACCAAUUGCUCCUGAGCCAGAAGAGGCUCAAGAUAAAAACUCCUCUCAAAUGCAAGACCAAGAGUCCAGAAGGGGAAACAGAAGUGCGGCAUUUGAAAUUUCUGAGGAGAACCAACAGGAAACUGAUGUGUUUGAAGUUCCAGUUGAAAAGGUAACUUUCGAGCCUGAUGUUGAAGUCAACCAGCAAAUCAAUGAAGAUGAUCUCAAACCCGGGACUGAAGUCCUACCGACAGAAUUCCCAGCCAUUUUGAAGCCAGAGAAGCCCUCAGUUGAUGAAUUGGCUCUGAAAAACGAUGAAAUAAACAUGUUGAAAGUCAUGUUAGAAGAGAAGGAAAAAGAAUUAGCAGUGGAUUGCCAAGAAAAUGAGAACCUCAAAUGUCAGCUGAAGGAAAAAUCUUUAGAGAUAUCAGCAGCUCAGUCAAAGGAAGAGGAAAUAUCUACUAGGCUGAACGAAGUUACUAAGGAGCUAGAAGCAAGCAAGAACAAUUCUAUUCGGAUAAGUGAGAAGCUGGAAGCUGUUGAAAAAGCUAAAGAAGAGUUAGAAGCCGAAAUGAAGAAGCUUCGAGUACAAACAGAACAAUGGAGGAAAGCAGCUGAUGCUGCAGCAGCGGUACUAUCUGGGGGUGUAGAAAUGAAUGGUAGAAGGAUAUCAGAUAGGUGUGGAUCAAUGGAUAAGCACUUUGGCAGUGUCUUUGAAGCACAGGGUGGUGGAUAUCAUGGUUACCUGGGUUCUCCAGGCAUGGUUGAUGACACUGAUGAUGUUUUCGGAGGUGGAAAACGAAAAGGUUCUGGAAUGAGGAUGUUUGACCUGUGGAAAAAGAAGGGCCAGAAAUGAGGUUUGCAGGGUUAUUUGAUAACCCUCAUCCAUCGUUAAGUUGUAUUGACCUGCAAAAUGGUACGCUUACCAUUUUCAAUGUGAUUGCUUAUGUAUAACAAUGGCUAGUACAUCGAUCUUUUGUUAUCAUCUUCAGCAUUAUGCUGGAAGUGAUCCCAACCCCAACCUCGUACAUUUGGGGUUCUAUGAAACUUUUACGUCUCUUCCAUUGAUGGACUUGCAUUCGGUAAUUACCAUCGGUCCAAGAAAUCGUUAAU